UCAUGUCCUUCAGGAGGGGUGUUGUCAGGCAGAGUAAGUUCAGGCAUGUUUUCGCACAGGCCUGGAAGGCUGAGCAUUGCCUUGAUGAUGUCAGAGUGUCACGCGUGACGUGGGACGGUCCGCUCUGUGCUGCCAAUCCGAAGUUCAUUGCUGUUGUCAUCGAGGCUGGAGGAGGCGGAGCCUUUCUUGUGUUCCCGCUCGCCAAGAGCGGGAGAGUGGACCAGAACACCCCGACUGUGUGUGGACACGCCGCUCCAGUGCUGGAUGUGCAGUGGUGCCCACAUGACGACAACGUUAUUGCCAGUGCCUCAGAGGACUGCACUGUCAAGGUUUGGCAGAUUCCCGACGGGGGUCUUACGUCUCCCAUGUCUGAAGCUGCUGUGACCCUCGAGGGCCACAGUAAAAGAGUGGGCAUCUUAGCCUGGCACCCUUCGGCCCUCAACAUCCUGUUGACUGCAGGAUGUGAUAAUGUCCUCUGUGUGUGGGAUGUGGGCACCGGGGAGAUGGUGUACCAGCUGAGUGACGCCCAUCCUGACCUGAUAUACAGCGUGAGCUGGAACCGAGAGGGCAGCGUCCUGUGCACCACCUGUAAAGACAAAGCCUUACGAGUCAUUGAUCCCCGGCGGGGAACUGUCCUUAAGGUGCGGGAGAAGGCUCAUGAGGGCACCAGGCCAAUGAGGGCCGUCUUUCUGGCCGAUGGGAAAAUCCUGACAACCGGCUUCAGUCGCAUGAGUGAGAGACAGCUUGCCCUCUGGGACACAAGAGAUCUGUCUGAGCCAAUGGUUACACAGGAAAUGGACACCAGUAAUGGAGUUCUGCUUCCAUUCUAUGACCCAGACACCAACAUGGUUUACUUGUGUGGGAAGGGGGAUUGUACCAUUCGCUACUUUGAGGUGACGGAUGAGUCACCGUUUGUUCAUUUCCUGAGUCUGUACAGCAGUAAGGAGCCGCAGAGAGGUGCUGGUUUUCUAAGCAAACGAGGAGUAGAUGUCAACAAGUGUGAAAUAGCAAGGUUCUAUAAGCUUCAUGAGAGAAAGGUUGAGCCCAUAUCUAUGACUGUGCCACGGAAGUCCGACCUGUUUCAAGGGGAUCUGUACCCGGAUACGGCGGGAUUAGAACCCGCUCUAUUGGCGGAAGAUUGGAUAGCAGGACAAGAUGCCCCUCCAGUCCUGGUUUCCCUCAGCGGAGGCUACAUGGCCCCUCCAACCAAAGCCGGCACGCUGCGGGGUCGACCCAAACUGCUCUCUCAGACCAACACUAGUCCCACCAGCACUACUGCGCCAGCAAACCCUAUGGCGGUUGAGAUGGAGAGCGAGGCUCCGGGCCACGGGCGAGGAGGAAGGGAUGUAGAUGGUGGGAUAGAGAGAGUAAAGAAAGAGGAGGACCAACUUUCUGAUAUUCUGACGGAGGUGCGGGCUUUGCGGGCUCUGGUUCUGGCUCAGGGUCACAGGAUCGACGUUCUGGAAAGGCAACUCGCCCGUAUUGAGGACGGAGAAGUGUGAAGGAAACUACAAACGUAUCGCAACACAUAGCCUUACCCACAUUCAAAAACUGAAGAGUUAUGGGAAAUGUAGUUCAGUUACUGUGACAUAGUAAUACAAAGAAAUGAUUGAGCUUUAUUGGUACACUUUUGGCUAUUGAUGCACUGAUAUAUAAUAUCCUAAAUGCUGCUCAUUUUGUGCUUUACUAGGGCUGUUACAUCAGGUACUUACUACUAAGUACAGACUCUGAAGUCAGAAUUUGGUUGGGUCAAUAUUUGCAUGAACAUGCAGACUUUAAAUGAAAAGCAGACUUGGUAUUAUCGUGUAGUGUGCAUUAAGAAAGCAUUUAUGAAUGCUUCUACUUAAUGAAAGUAGUUUGAAGCAUGAAACCUUCAGGAAAUGCAUUAAUCCAACAUGCUGAAUUAAUUCCUUUCUUCCGCUAAAGUUUGAUGGUGCUUAUAAACAUGCAUUGACCAGCACUGUUCUUGGGUUUCUUUCUUCCAUUGUACGUCUUAACACUUGUAGCAUUUAUUUUGGAUGUGGUUAGAGUUUCAUGUGUGGAAAUGUGUGUAGCAUGUGAUAGAAACUUGUUGUUGAAGGAAUUUGUGAGCUAUCGAUAUAAUGAAGAAGAGUGUCAGAAAACACAGAUGAAGAUCUUCUAGGAUGAAAAGUUUCCCAGGUCACCUUUCACACCAAAAUCAAAAGGAUAAUAAGAAAU